AUGAAGUUCUUCAUCGAUGAUCUUCCGGUGCUGUUCCCGUACCCGCGCAUCUAUCCCGAGCAAUAUGCCUACAUGUGCGAUCUCAAGAAGACCCUCGAUGCCGGGGGUCACUGCGUGCUGGAGAUGCCCUCCGGAACGGGCAAGACGGUUUCUCUACUCUCAUUGAUUGUCGCCUACCAACAACACUAUCCGGAACACAGGAAGCUCAUCUACUGCUCGCGAACGAUGUCCGAGAUCGAAAAGGCGUUGGCGGAGUUGAAAGCGUUGAUGAAACACCGCACGUCGGAACUUGGAUACGAAGAGGAGUUCCGCGCCCUUGGGUUGACCAGCCGAAAGAAUUUGUGUCUUCACCCUUCCGUGAGACGAGAGAAAAGUGGUACUGUGGUCGACGCGAGAUGCAGGAGCUUGACAGCCGGCUUCGUCAAGGAGAAGAAGGAACGCGGUGAGGAAGUCGACUUGUGCAUCUAUCAUGAGAACCUUGACCUUCUCGAGCCGCAUAACCUCGUUCCUCCGGGCGUGUUCACCCUCGAUGGUUUAUUAAGAUACGGAGAAGAUCACAAGCAGUGUCCUUACUUUUCCGCCCGUCGUAUGAUGCCUUGGUGCAACAUCAUCAUCUACUCCUACCACUACCUGCUCGAUCCGAAAAUCGCUGAGCGGGUAUCUCGAGAACUGUCCAAGGACUGCAUUGUCGUUUUCGACGAGGCGCACAAUAUUGACAACGUCUGCAUCGAGUCGCUCAGUAUCGACAUUAGCGAAGAUUCUCUCCGGAAAGCCACUAGGGGCGCAACCAACCUGGAACGCAAAAUCGAAGAGAUGAAGAGCACAGAUGCUGAAAAACUGCAAAAUGAAUACUCAAAGCUCGUGGAAGGGCUACAGCAGGCAGAACAAGCUCGGGAGGAAGAUCAGUUCAUCUCAAAUCCGGUGUUACCAGAUGACCUGCUCAAGGAAGCAGUUCCAGGAAAUAUUCGCCGAGCAGAACACUUUAUUUCCUUCUUGAAGCGAUUCAUUGAAUACUUGAAGACUCGGAUGAAAGUGACGCACACCAUCUCAGAGACGCCGCCCUCCUUCUUGACUCAUUUGAAGGAUCUCACCUAUAUCGAACGGAAGCCCUUGAGAUUCUGCGCAGAACGUCUGACUUCACUUGUACGAACUCUGGAACUGAUAAAUAUCGAAGAUUAUCAGCCACUUCAAGAAGUUGCUACCUUUGCCACACUCGUCGCGACCUACGACACGGGAUUCGUCCUCAUACUCGAGCCCUUCGAAUCUGAAGCGGCAACGGUGCCGAAUCCGAUCUUACAUUUUACUUGCUUGGAUGCUGCCAUUGCCAUUAAACCUGUGUUUGACCGCUUCAGCUCCGUGAUCAUCACUUCGGGAACUUUGUCGCCGUUGGAGAUGUACCCGAAAAUGCUAGGCUUCACGGCUGUCAUGCAGGAAUCAUACAGUAUGACCUUAGCACGACGGUCAUUCCUACCGAUGAUCGUUACCAGGGGCUCCGAUCAGGCUCAGGUAUCAUCGUCUUUCGGCAUCCGUAAUGAUCCUGGUGUAGUGCGAAAUUACGGCACACUUGUCACCGAGUUUGCACGCAUCACUCCUGACGGUAUUGUCGUUUUCUUCCCUUCAUACCUCUACAUGGAGUCCAUCAUCAGUAUGUGGCAGGGAAUGGGUAUUUUGGAUCAGAUCUGGAACUACAAAUUGAUCCUUGUGGAAACACCCGAUGCUCAGGAAUCUUCACUCGCCCUAGAAACCUACCGGACCGCUUGCUGCAACGGACGUGGUGCGAUUCUCUUCUGUGUGGCCCGAGGAAAGGUAUCCGAGGGCAUUGAUUUCGACCAUCACUACGGCCGGGCAGUGUUGUGCAUUGGUGUACCAUUCCAGUACACAGAAUCCCGCAUCCUGAAAGCUCGUCUUGAGUUCCUCCGAGAAAACUAUCGCAUCCGGGAGAAUGACUUUCUCUCUUUCGACGCCAUGCGGCACGCUGCGCAGUGCUUGGGUCGUGUGCUUCGAGGCAAGGACGACUACGGAGUCAUGGUGUUGGCAGACCGUCGAUUCGAAAGAAAGAGACCCCAGCUGCCGAAGUGGAUCAACCAGGCCAUGUUGGACAGCGAGACAAAUCUCAGCACAGAUAUGGCUGUCUCGAACGCGAAGAACUUCUUGCGCACGAUGGCUCAGCCUUUCAAAUCCAAGGACCAAGAGGGCAUUUCCACUUGGAGCUUGGCCGACAUUGAACGUCACGAGGCGAAGCGCAAAACUGAAGAAGAACGGAUGAUGAGAGAGGAGCUUACCAACGGGCACAAGAUGGAUGGUGUCACCACGUCUGCAUUUGAGGUCGUCGAGGAUGAAUAUGACGAUGACAUUGACCAGGACAUGAUGAUGCUCGACGCGCAGUAG